AUGUCAGACGACGAACGCCCUUCAAAUAAAUCAUUAUCACAACAACCGUCAACCACUGAAACUCAAAAGGAUUCAAUUGACAAUGACGAAAGUCGAAAAGAACCAGUAACUACUCAAAAUGAGAAAAAUGAUGAUGGGGAUUAUAAAGAGGAUCUAUCUAUUCUAAGUGAUAGUAGUGAAGAUGAUACUGGUGACAGCAACGAAAUCAAAAUAACACCAACUCAGGAAAAAAAUGAAGAUGAAUCAAAUAAAUCUGAAGAAGCAGCGGAGAAUACAGAUCAUGAUAAUAAUAAUAAGGUUGAAGAAGAAGAAGAAGAAGAAGAAGAAGAAGAGACAGAAAUCGAGACAGAAACCUCCCCAGAAGUGGAGGAUGAUGAACACGAUGAAGAAUAUUGGAAAGAAAGAAAAUCUCGGUUUAUCCUAUCUGUAGACCCAAAAAUUGCCAAACAAAAGGAUUCUGGUGACACUUAUAAAAGAUUUCAAUAUUUAUUAUCAUUGACUGAUCUAUUUCGUUACUUUAUAGGUAUGAGAGCUAAACAUGAUAAAACUAUGAAAAAACUACUAAAAUCAAUAGAUAACAAUAACACAAACCCUGAAACAUAUGGAAACUCAAGUAAGAAAAAAGAUCGUGGAUCUAGACAUCACAGGAAAUCUGAAAAGGAGGAAGAUGCAGAAUUGAUGCGUGAAGAAGAAGAUGAAGAUGAGAAUGAUUUCGAUGAAGAAGACUUUGUAACCGAAUCACCUUCAUUUGUCAAAUCAGGUACACUAAGAGACUAUCAAAUACAGGGUCUUAACUGGUUAAUUUCAUUGCAUGAACAUAAAUUGUCAGGUAUUUUGGCAGAUGAAAUGGGUCUUGGGAAAACAUUACAGACAAUUUCUUUUCUUGGAUAUUUGAGAUACGUUAAAAAAAUAGAUGGACCAUUCUUAGUUAUCGUACCAAAAUCAACGUUAGAUAAUUGGAGAAGAGAAUUCAAUAAAUGGACUCCUGAAGUUAAUGUGCUAAUCUUACAUGGAGAUAAAGAAAAGAGACAUGAUAUUUUACAGAACAAAGUAUUACAAGCCAAAUUUGAUGUUCUAGUUACUUCCUAUGAGAUGAUUAUUAGAGAAAAAAAUGUUUUAAAAAAAGUGGCAUGGCAAUAUCUGAUUAUUGAUGAAGCACAUCGUAUUAAAAAUGAACAAAGUUCUUUAUCUCAAAUUAUUAGACUGUUCUAUUCUAAGAGUAGAUUACUGAUUACAGGUACCCCAUUACAAAAUAAUCUUCAUGAACUAUGGGCCUUAUUAAAUUUCUUGUUACCAGAUGUUUUUGGUGAUUCGGAAGUUUUCGAUGAAUGGUUCGAACAAAAUAAUUCUGAUCAGGACCAAGAGGUUGUCGUUCAACAAUUGCAUGAUGUGUUAAACCCAUUCCUAUUAAGAAGAAUAAAAGCAGAUGUCGAGAAAUCUCUUUUGCCAAAAAUUGAAACUAAUGUUUACGUGGGGAUGACAGAUAUGCAGAUUAAAUGGUACAAAUCAUUGCUUGAAAAGGAUAUUGACGCUGUCAAUGGUGCCGUAGGAAAAAGAGAAGGUAAGACACGUCUAUUGAACAUUGUUAUGCAACUGAGGAAAUGUUGCAAUCAUCCUUACCUAUUUGAAGGUGCAGAACCAGGUCCGCCGUAUACAACAGAUGAACAUUUGGUUUAUAAUGCUGGUAAAAUGAUUGUGUUGGAUAAACUUUUAAAACGUCUAAAAGAAAAAGGGUCCCGUGUGUUGAUAUUUAGUCAAAUGUCUAGACUUUUGGACAUUUUGGAAGAUUACUGUUUCUUUAGAGAGUACGAAUAUUGUAGAAUUGAUGGUUCUACGUCUCAUGAAGAGCGUAUUGAGGCAAUUGAUGAAUAUAAUAAACCAGAUUCUGAUAAAUUUGUAUUUUUGCUAACCACUCGUGCUGGUGGCCUUGGUAUUAACUUGGUUAGUGCUGAUACAGUUGUUUUGUUUGACUCUGACUGGAAUCCUCAAGCAGAUUUGCAAGCCAUGGAUAGAGCUCAUAGAAUUGGUCAAAAGAAGCAAGUUUAUGUUUAUAGGUUCGUUACAGAAAAUGCAAUUGAAGAGAAAGUUAUUGAACGUGCUGCUCAGAAAUUGAGACUGGAUCAGUUGGUCAUCCAACAGGGGACUGGUAAGAAAACUGCUAAUAUUGGUAAUUCUAAGGAUGAUUUGCUAGAUAUGAUUCAAUACGGUGCAAAGGAUAUGUUCGAUAAUGGUACAAAGAAGAUAACAGUUGAUGAUGAUAUAGAUGAAAUCCUGAAAAAGGGUGAAGAAAGGACGCAACAAUUAAAUGCAAAGUUCCAAUCACUUGGUUUAGACGAUUUACAGAAAUACAAUGGUAUUGAAAACCAAUCUGCCUAUGAAUGGAACGGUAAGAAUUUCCAAAAAAAAGAUAAGGAUAAGGUUACCACUUGGAUCAAUCCCUCAAGAAGAGAACGAAGAAGAGAACAGCAGACUUAUUCAGUUGAUGAUUAUUAUAAGGAGAUUAUUGGUGGAUCUUCUAAGUCCUCCAAAGGAACGCCACAACCUAGAAUGCCCCGUGCCCCAAAAAUUGUUCAUGGUCAAGAUUAUCAGUUCUAUCCAAAACGUGUAGACGAAUUACAGGAAAAGGAACAGCUAUAUUUCAAGAAAAAGGUUAAUUAUAAAGUUACAUCUUAUGAUAUCAAAAGAAAUGAAGAGGAAGUUGAAAAUGAUAGUAGCUCGAAAAAGAAGAAGAAGAGAUCUAGAAAGUCUGAUGAUUCGGACGAUGAUGAUGGAUCUGAUGAUGAUUCUUCUAACGAUAAUGAUGAUAAUGAGGACGUUGAUGAGACGAUGGCUGUUAAGAUAAAGGAAGAGCAAGAUAAAAUCGAUAAUGCAGAAGAGUAUACUGAAGAAGACGAAACAGAGAAACAAGAAUUAAUUUCGCAAGCGUACAACAAUUGGACCAAAAGAGAUUUCUUAUCGUUUAUAAGUGCAUGCGCCAAGUAUGGUAGAACCAGCAUGGAAAAUAUUAAAAAAUCUAUUGAUUCGAAGACACCUGAGGAGGUUGAAGAGUAUGCAGUAAUAUUUUGGAAGAGAUAUACUGAUAUUAAUGGAUAUGAAAAGUACUUGACUACUAUUGAAAAUGGAGAAAGAAAAUUUGAAAGAUUAAGGUAUCAGGAAGGUAUAUUGAAUAUGAAAAUACGACAAUAUAAAUAUCCACAACAGGAAAUGGUUAUUUCCUAUGCGCCAAAUAACGCUAGAAAAGUAUACAACUCUACUGAAGAUAAAUUCAUACUUAUCGCUGUUAGCAAAAUUGGUUUACUAGAUUCUAAAUUAUAUGAUAAGGUUAAGCAGGCUGUAGUAAUGAGUGAUUUGUUUAUCUUCGAUUGGUUUAUGAGAACAAGAACGGUUCACGAAUUAUCAAAAAGAGCUCAUACAUUAUUGGGACUACUUGUAAGAGAAUAUGAAGGGCAAGAUGGUAUGAGGAAAAGGAGAGGAAGAAGUAAUAGAGAGGACUCUAGCACACCUAGUGUUGCGCCUACACCAAGUACUAGUGUGCAUCCUGAAUUUGUUAGAGCGGAUGAUGGUAUAAAUAAUAAGCAAGAGGUGAGUAGUAACACUGUCGUUUCACCUAUUGUGAUAGUUGAAACAUCUGAUACUGUACAGACUAACACUAUCACAUCAGUAAAAACUCCACCAAUUGUUCAGGCAUCAGAUAUAGAAUCAACUAGCAACACUGAAACCGUUUCUGAUGGAUUGCAUCCUGACACAGUUGAGCACCAGGAUAAAAAACAAAAAGUUGAAUAA